UGACCUCAAAGGACAAAAUUAUGUGUUUGGCGAACUUGAAUUCAUUGGCUUGUGUGGCUUUCUCCCUCCAAAAAACUCCCCUCUUUUCCGUCGGAGAAUGGCGUCAUCUUCACAAAGCCGCUGUGUCAGCGGCAGCGCCGCCUCACGACUGAGGAACGCAGCUUCCACCUUCUGCUCCGACUCACAGCCUCUCCUUGCCGAUAUCCGAAAAACCGUGCUUAUGAUGAAGGACAUCGCAGUUCAAUUGGAGAAAGACAACCUCCCUGACAAGGCGAAGGAACUGGAAGAUGCGGUUAUUGAGUUAGUAGGGCUAUCUGAGCUCAGUGUGCAAUUUUCAUCAGCGGUUCAAGCUUUUGCUAACGCAUACCAGCCUAAGGAAGAGUUCACUAAUUUUAACACGUUGUUUGAGGAUGAGCUUUCCAGGUUUAAGGCCAACCAAUCUUCAGAUGUUCCUAAAAAUCCUGUAGUACGCCAAUUUAAGGAAGCUGUGUGGAAUGUUCAUCAUGCGGGGCAGCCAAUGCCAGGCGAAGAGCAGGAGGAUAUUGUAAUGACCAGUAUCCAGUCCAACAUUUUGAAUAUUACCUGUCCAUUGAGUGGAAAACCUGUUACUGAGCUUGCAGAACCAGUUCGCAGCAUGGAGUGCAGGCACAUUUAUGAAAAGAAAGUAAUAAUGCAAUAUUUGAAGUCAAAGCAACAUCAAUGCCCAAUUUCAGGUUGCCCAAAGAUAUUGCAGGCAGAUAAGCUGGUGCAAGAUCCGUUGUUAAUGAUUGAGAUUGAGGAAAUGCGCAAAAUGAAUAGAGAAACUGAGGACAAUUGUAAUUUCCCAUUAGGCGUGCCAGACUGGUUAGUUAAAGUGGUUUCAAUUUGCAAAUUUGCGACAUUUGCACACAUAUCAGUGAAGUUUCUAUGAUGGAUGCAUGUUCCAUAAUUUAUCUCAUUGCUCAAUCAUGCAGCCUGAUGCUCCAUGCUUUGCCUGUUAUCUUUUGUA